AUGCAUGUCCGUGUCAUCCGUAUCCAUGGCUGUAUCUAUGGCUAUAGCUAUGCCUGUGUUUAUAUCUAUGUCUAUGUCUGUGGUUAUGCCCAUGGCUAUGUUUAUGUCUAUGGCUAUGGCUGGGGGUAUGCCUAUGGCUAUGUCUAUGGCUAUGUCCAUGUCUACGGCUAUGUCUAUGUCUAUGCCUAUGCCUAUGCCUAUGGCUAUGUUUAUGGUUAUGGCUAUGGCUAUGGCUAUGGCUAUGCCCAUGGCUAUGACCAUUGCUAUGUCUCUGUCUAUGGCUAUUCCCAUGGCUAUGUUUACAUCUAUGUCUAUGGCUAUGAUCAUGGCUAUGUCUAUGGCUAUGGCUGUGGGUAUGGCUAUGGCUGUGGGUAUGUCUAUGGCUGUGGGUAUGGCUAUGGCUGUGGGUAUGUCUAUGGCUAUGUCUAUGGCUAUGUCCAUGUCUAUGUCUAUGUCUGUGUGUUGUCUAUGAUCAUGGCUAUGUCUAUGGCUAUAAUCCAGGGCAAGUUGUGGUGGGCCAUCGUGAAGUGCGAGAGCCACUACUUCCCAGCAGCAUCCUGGACACUGUGA